UUGGAGGACGGGCUGACAAUAGUGAUGAUAGUAAAGGGGUUAGAGAAAAGAUUAAAGUGAUAAAGAAAGAUAAUGGGAGAUGUGUUGCAGUAAAUAAAUAAAUUAAAGAGAGUAAGGGAAAGAAAUAUUCUAAAAAUUAAAGAUAGCACACUUUUGUAAUUAUUUUUAAAAUUUUCACAUUUAUUGUUAAAAAUAUUAUUUAAAUUUAAUUUUCCGAUACAUACUUCAAUAAUUAUUGGAACUAUUUUUUUCAAGUUCCAUGUGGCUUUUUCCUAAAAAAAUCUUGUAAAAUUACUGUGACGGAAUGGGUCCCAGGCGCCUUUCUGAUUAUGCUUCCCGCUAAGCCCUGCUUCGCUCUCAGCCGUCCGAUGGGAAACGAUCACCCGUCUCUCUCUCGCUCUCUCUCUCUCUCAUAACACUACUGACAGUUCUGCAGAGGACAAGUGAGCUCCCAUCCAAUCUAAUCCACCGACUUUCUCUCUCUCUCUCUCUCUCUACUUUCCAUGUGAUUUGUGAUUCUGUAUAUUCUCUCCGUGGAGUUUGGGGAAAACGAAGAAAAGGGGCACUUGGAAUACCAGAAGAUAUCUAUCUCUCUCUCUCUCUCUCUCUCUCUCUCUCUCUCUCAUUCUGGGUAUUCUGCGAACUCCCUUUCUCAUCAUCUGUUUUCUGUUUUCUACUUUUUGUAUAAAUCUAUGGACCUCCGACACUGAAAGAUUGAGGAGUUUCUGAUAAUGGGUUAUGUUCAAUCUGCGUUUUCAUGGUUACGUCAGGGAAGAAGUUGACAUUGCGAUUGCAAAUUGUUUGUGCAGUGGGAUUAUCUGAAUCUAAUUGAAGGGACUACAUGACCAUGGAUGUGAUUGGCUGUUGUCCUUGCAAGCUUUCACAGAACUGAGAUGCUACUAAAAUUCAAAGUGUUUGAAUAUGGUAUCAUUCCAUCUGAAAUAAAGCUGGAACCCUAGCCACCUUGCAGGCAUAUCAACUACCAUUAAAAGUGUGAAAAAGAUUCAAAGCAUCAGCAGGCCAUUAGAGGAAUGGAUAGUCCAUUUUCGUCCCAAGCAAGUCAAAGUACAAAAUUGAGAGACAGGUUGAACAGAGAAAAGCCUAACUUUUCUAAUGCCAAUCUCAGUUAUGACGUAAUCAAGAACAUGGAUGAUUAUACCCAACCCGCAUCUUCAGGGUAUCAGCAAAAGCAGCAGAUGGAAAGAAAGCCCACUGAGAACGAGGAACUUGUUAAAUAUAUGUCCGAUCUGCCAAGUUAUUUGGAGAAAGGAGAAAACCCUAAGGAGAAAGCUUUUAAUGUUGGAGUCCUUGACUGGCGUUGUUUAGAGAAAUGGCAAUAUAACAAUAGACAGAUGGAUACCUCCUCGUUUUUCGCAACAGAGGGAUUGUCAAACCUUUUUAGCAAUCAAAGAAUGCACCGGAAGACACUACAAUCCCAUCUGAAUGCAUCUCCAAAAGAAGGUUAUUCUUCUCAAGGUGUUGAACCUGUUGUAGAAAAUGUUGGAAAAUUUCAAGAUCUCAAAGCUGCAUCAAGUAAACCCUUAAAGGGACAGCAAAAUAUCUUCAGAAUGUACCAGUCUUUUAGCAAAAACCAAUCAGAAAUCAAGCCGAAAGAGUGCAAGAGGAAAGACAAAGAUCCACGGAAUAUCGUUGAAAUUGAAAUUUCUCUGGAUUUAAGAAAUUGUGGGGCAGCUUCAAGGUCGAAGGGAAAGACAAAGAUUCAAGAUGGUGAAUCUACUAGUGGACCAGAGGAGUUGCAAGAACCGUAUUGCGAUGUUAAUCACAAUUACCAUGAAAGACGCAAAACAGUAGUUCUGCCAAGGGAUGACCUGUCCUGCCAUGGUCGAAGAUCAACAGAAGCAAGUCGACAGAGCUUUGCAGAGGGAUCUUUUCCAAAGGAGCUCUACAAUGCAUAUUCCUAUUCUGACUUCCCACACUCAUGCCCACUGCUUUGUGAAGAUGACAAUGCAAACUACUUGCAGAUUAAACAACCAAGUUCUGUAGAUGGAAAGAAUAUCCAGUUUUCAGUUGAACGAUCACAACCUCCACUUCGUUUUGUGAAAACAUCCAUCAGACCGUCCUCAGACAAGAACUUCGACGAGAAGUCAUCAAAAGUAAUGCCUUUAAAUUCAACUGUAAGCAAGUCUUCUGGGGGAUCAGAUCUGAAAAGGGGCAUGGGAGAGGCUUCUAAAUCAAGCAACCCCCCUCCUACUCGUCGAUUUAGCAUUGGCCUGGGUAGGAUAGGUCGAACUUCCACCUCCAAAGACAGUUCAUUAGGACUGCAUUUGAACUCUGAACAUGUUACAGCUAAAUCUGGAUCGGAGAAAUCUUUGGGUUCUCCUUGCUUGGAAAAUUUAAGUAAUGAUAAACGUAACAAUAAAGGUGGAUCUCGGUCCAGCCCUUUGAGAAGAUUACUGGACCCAUUUCUGAAGCCUAAGGACUCUGCUGAGCCAUCAGUCAAAGAUCCAACAUCAACAGUUCAGGCUUGCAAAUCAUCUACUGCACAGUCCAUGAAAGUAAAAUUGGAUUUGAAAAGUUGCAAGACUGUUAGUGUCGAUGAUUCACAUCGCAACGAGAAACACAGAACAUCGACUGUACAAGCCCUUUUGCAAGUAGCCAUAAAGAAUGGUCUUCCUCUAUUUACAUUUGCAGUUGGCAACAACAGCGAUAUCCUAAUAGCCACAGUGACAAAAGUUGGUGCUUCAAGAAAGGAUGAAAACUGCUGUAUUUAUACAUUCUUCAGUGUUCAUGAAGUCAAGAAAAAGAGUGGUUGGAUAAAUCAGGGGAGCAAAGGUAAAAGUCGUGGUUAUGUCCCAAAUGUUGUUGCCCGAAUGAUGGUUAGACACAAUUCUGUUGAUGAACUUGGCAUCAGGGAGUUCAUAUUGUUUGCGAUGGACUCAAGAGAGGCAGAACAGCAAACAUCAUACCUUAAUCCAAAUGACGAACUUGCAGCCAUUGUUGUCAAGUUUCCCAAAGAGACCCCUACGAGUUUGAACAAAGAUGGACAUAAUGAAGAGAAUGGAUCUUCUGUUCGGAGUCGAGGCCUUGGCACGACGGUUAUAUUGCCUUGUGGUGUUCAUGGACUGCCAAGUAAAGGAGAGCCUUCACCGUUGAUUGAAAGAUGGAAAUCGGGUGGGAUGUGUGAUUGUGGAGGUUGGGAUAUUGGUUGCAGAACAACGGUGCUCGCCAACCAGAUUAAACCUAGUAGGAGAUCAAGUUCAUCCGGAGGUCAUCACGUGGCAGAUAGAUUUGACCUUUUCUCUCAGGGAGAAGUCCUAGAUGAUAAGCCCGUCUUCAGCUUGUACCCAUUCAAAGACAGGAUCUUUUCAGUUGAAUUCAAUUCACCUCUCUCGUUUCUACAAGCAUUCUCCAUUUGUAUAGCGGUUUUAAAUGGUAGGAAACCGUACGAGCUUUCAGAAUCAAGUUCGCUGUUUGGAGAGAAAUCUUUUGAAGAAACCACGUUAUUGUUAAAUGAUGGAAUAAAGGCCCCCAACCAAAUCCAAGCAGAGUUUCCUGCGGGCGAUGCCUCAUAUCCAACACCUCUUUCCCCUGUUGAGCGAGUCUAGUUUGCAUAAGAAAGUAACUGGGCUUGGUGUUGUGCAGUUUUGUAUCUUCACAUGGCCAAGUAAUUCAUGGAAACCUGCAAUAAAAGGUAACUGCUUUGCUUGAUGCAUCUGUUUUUUUUUGUCUGUCCUGUAUCAGUGCUUGGUUUCUACACGCACAAAAUGAAUCAAGUGUGAAAAUUUCAAAGAUAAUGACAGUUUUUCGCUGUUUAUCCCUUGUGGCUUCAAGAGUUUCACUGGUACUGAUGAAUUUGUCGUGUCAUAUCGAAGGGAAAGGGUUGAAUCUGUGAGAUGAUGAGGUUAUGCCCAUUGUUAUCAUGGAUCAUUUUUUACUGUGAAUGCCUGCGGUUUGCUUUGAUUCCUCCAA